AUGGUGGAAUCGUUUGCACCGCGCGGGCUUGAGCCUCGGUUCCAACAAGCUUCCUCCCCAGACACAGCAGCGAUCGCCGGACGCUUCCACGCCGCCUCGAUACCACCACAAGUCGCCUCCAGAACUCUCAAGACGCCCGUCCUCGACGCGCCGAGCAGUAGCCUUCUGGUGCACGCACGCCAGGAGACCGACACCGUUCCCGGCAACUACCCGGGCCUCAACUCAGGGCCUGACCCGGGCACGGUGGUGGGCAUCGUGCUCGGCUCAGUGGCCGGGUUCCUGCUCCUCCUGUGGCUGAUCUACACGUGCUUCCAGAUGGGCGGCCGCGGCGAUACGGUCAGCUCGUAUGGUACGGCCAGCGUGGUGACGCGCAAGUCGCGCAGGCGGCAAUCACGGCACCACCACCGGUCGCCGCGCCGCGAGACGGUCGAGAUCCGCACCAGCCGCAUGGCACCGCAGCCCGAGAGGGUGGUGGUCGAGGAGCAGAUCCGCAGGACGAGCUCGCAGGCCCCGCCGCCCAUGGCGCCCCCGCCCAUGGCCGCACCGCCGGCCCCGAGGAUCGUGACAGACGAUGAGGAUGACGAGGUGGUCGUGAUCGAGGAGCACAGCCCGCCCAGGAGACACAAAUCCAGAAGCCACCGACGACACAGCUCUAGCACGAGGCGCGAGUCGGGCUUCAGGGAGGUGGAACCUGACAGGUUCGCGGGUGGCGAUGCAUCCUUUCGAGAUGUGAGAAGGUCAAGCCGGCACGGGCGAUGA